UCGUCUUCUAUAGCCUAAAAUCUGUUGUAUUGAAUGGCUGUCAAGUCACUGAUGCCCCUCUGAAAGAACUUGUCCUGAAACACAAAGACAGCCUGCGCAGGUUGGAGGUGUUUGGCUGUCAGUUCCUUACUUCAUCCUGGCUACAGACAGUAUAUGAGAUGUGCUCCGGCCUUCAGUAUCUAAACAUCGGACGAGUGCCAAAAAUCACCGUAAACAGCCUCACUAGGUUGACAGCACGGCUCAAAAGCCUCAUUUCACUGAAUCUCACAGGACUACAGGUCACUCAUGCCAUAGUUGAUACUUUGCUCCGGAACUGCGUUGAACUUCAGAGUCUGUCCUUCAGUUCCUGUCCUGGAGUCACUGACCUGACACUGCAUAGCAUCAGCAAAUAUUCACCUUGUAUCAGAGCUGUUGAUGUGAGUGGCUGUAAAGCAGUAACAGAUGCAGGUGUUCAGUCUUUGGCUCUGGGCUGCACAAGACUUCAGCAGCUGGAUCUCAGCUCCACCAGCACCGGAAACAGAGGGGUUUCUCUGCUAGCAAAUUACUGCAACAGACAUCUUCAUACCAUCAAACUCAGUUUCUGCCACAUCACCGUAAAGACAAUACUGAAGCUUUGCCAACAUUGCAAGAGGCUGAAGGUGCUUCAUCUCUAUGGCUGUGCACAUCUACCCACUGAACACGAGAUCAAAGAAGUGAACAGCACCGUUAAUGUUUCCCCUUUGUCCUGACCCUGACAGUUAUAUCUCCACGAAAUAUUUAUUGAACAAAUCAAAGAGGGAAAUGUUGAUUUAGCCAAGUAGGUAGCAUUAUUAGUUUUAUUUUUCUAUGCUAUUACAUGAGCAACAGGCUAAAUGAGGUCUGCCAUGGUCUGAGGGACUAUUUUCAAGGAUGACUAAAAAGCAUUUAAUAUAUGUGCUUGACUGCAUGCGUUUAAAGAUUGUUAUCAGAUGUGCAGAAAUCUGAAGGGUGUAUCGUCUAAGCAUUAAAUAUUUUCUGUCAUUAUAUAACUUUGCGGGAAUUUUUUAAAAAGCUGCUUGUUUUUCUACUUUUAACUCAGGUUAAUGUUGUUAGGUAAAAACCCAUCUCAUCGUAUUUUACAACUUAAAAUUUAAAAAAAAAAAAACUGCUUUUGUUUGUAUGUGCCGCUGACUUUGUAGUGGUGUAGUGGGUUACUGCUACUUAGAGCAAAACUGUGAGCUUGUUUUUUUCAUCUGAAUUGAGUCAAAUAAACUAAAAACAGAAGCUAAGAAUACUAAGAUUUAAUAAACUGUUUAUAAAACAUGAAAUGGGGGCAAUGGGUUUAAUAAUAUGUCUGAUUAUAUUUUACAUUAAAAUGUAAAGAUUACAGUCUGGCUACAAAG